CGUCGAGUAAUUGAUCUGAGGCACUUGUCGAAGGCUCCCAAAUGGCGACAUCGUGAUUGGCCCAGGGGAGCUUGGAGUGGAGACCCGUGGCAAGCAAAGCUUGUCUGGGCCACUGACAUCGCUUCCCGGGUUAGCUCGGGUUAGCGGGUAUCGGCCUAUCGGGUACAUACCGAUUGAAAGCACAUUGUCCUGCAAUGCUCGCCCUCCUAUUGUUCACGAACAAGUGUAGGUGCUACAGCGUUAGCAUGAGCUGUUCGAUGAUUUCGGGACUCGAAGCAGCUAUGAAGACUGAUAUCGCCUAUUUAUGAGCAGGAGGCCUAACAAGGAACAAGCCCAACGUCGCGUACCAUGUCGUCUUCCACCAAACGACAAUCCGUUCUCCCGCGUGUCCAAUCUGGUCCUAAGGCACCCGUCAACUUCUCUUCCUCGAUCACAAUUGCCGAUUCUGCGUUAUUAACCGGCAACCACACCAUCAAUAUCAGCUCCGAGUCUGUAGUCCAUCCACGCGCGAAGCUCGACUCAGCCAAUGGCAGGAUUACUAUUGGUCGGAGGUGUAUGGUUCACGAGCGAACGAGUAUCGGAGCAGUCUCAGCUGACCCAACGCCGAGCGAAUCCCGUGAUGGGGUCGUAAUAAGUGACUACGCUACAGUUGAAACCGGAGCCAUCAUCGAGUCCGGAGGUACCAUAAUUGGUGAGGGAUGCCAGGUGGGUGUAGGGAGCCGGGUCGGCAAAGGUGCACAGUUAGGGAAGGUUUGAUGGCCUCAUUGUGCAAAAGCUCUAUCUACCUUGCUGAUAUGUGCGUCACAGCAUUGCGUCUUAACACCAAAGAGCGUGAUUGCUCCCGGAGAAGUGGUACCCGACUUCACUGUGGUUUACUCGAACGGCACGAGACGACUCGAUAAGCGUGGCAUAGCAGACUUGAAGAACAGGGCUCAGUCACGGCAGAUAGAAGUUCUGAGGAAGUUGAUACCCAGCAAUCCGGCGAAAUUUCAAUAGUGAUACCCACGUCUUUCCCCCCUUCUUUUUUCUAUCUAUAUAGAACAGCAGCUUAAGAGACCAAUUCUUAGCUGCUCCUAUUUUUGCAGAGACUGGCGAGUUUCUUGUCAAGAACACAGAGACUAGUUUCAGUAAAACUCUUCCCACCUGCGCUACAACCGAAGUAUUUGACUAUGAUCUGAAAGACCCACUGCUACUCGUCCAACCAGCUAACAACACUACCAUAUGGCCGCUUCAGCUGACCGUUGAAGCUUUUGGUAAUCAAA